AUGGAUGUAUACAAAUGUUUAAGUUUACUUUUCUUCACUCUUACUCCACAAGUUUGUUCCCAAGUUGGACCUCGUGCCCACGCUGAAGAGAGGCUGCUCCAGGAUCUGUUUGUACAUUACAACAAGCUCUCUCGGCCUGUAGAAAACACUACAGACACAGUGCUAGUUCACUUUGGGCUGUCUAUUGCCCAGCUUAUUGAUGUGGAUGAGAAGAACCAGAUGAUGACCACAAAUGUCUGGGUCAAGCAAGAAUGGAACGAUUACAAACUCCGCUGGAACCCAGAGGAAUACGAAAAUGUGACCUCUAUCCGUAUUCCCUCAGAGAUCAUCUGGAGGCCUGACAUUGUCCUCUACAACAAUGCUGAUGGCGACUUUGCGGUAACUCACCUCACGAAGGCACAUCUCUUCUAUGAUGGUCGGAUAAAGUGGAUGCCACCAGCUAUUUACAAGUCUUCAUGCAGCAUAGAUGUCACCUUUUUCCCUUUUGACCAGCAAAGCUGCAAGAUGAAGUUUGGCUCAUGGACCUAUGAUCGCGCCAAGAUCGAUCUGAUCAGCAUGGCCAGCGAUGUGGACCAGAUGGACUACUGGGAGAGUGGAGAGUGGGUCAUUGUCAAUGCAGUGGGCAAGUACAAUACCAAAAAGUACGAGUGCUGCACAGAGAUCUACGCAGAUAUCACUUACUAUUUCAUCAUCCGGAGACUUCCGUUGUUCUACACCAUUAACCUUAUCAUCCCCUGUCUUCUUAUCUCCUGUUUGACUGUGCUGGUGUUUUACCUGCCAUCGCAAUGUGGAGAGAAGAUCACCUUGUGUAUCUCAGUGUUAUUGUCUCUAACAGUGUUCCUCCUGCUUAUCACAGAGAUUAUACCGUCCACAUCACUGGUGAUUCCACUGAUUGGUGAAUACCUGCUGUUCACCAUGGUCUUUGUCACACUCUCCAUCAUAAUUACUGUCUUUGUGCUAAAUGUACAUCACCGAUCACCACAAACCCAUGGAAUGCCUCACUGGGUGCGGAGAGUAUUCUUGGACUUGGUGCCCCGAGUCCUGUUCAUGAAGCGUCCACCAGGCACAGCCAAGCAGAACUGCAAGAAGCUUAUUGAGAUGAUGCACCGUCCUACCACCAUAUCUGCAACAGGCAACUCGCAGGCUUUUUGGACAGGGUUAGAGACAGGGUUAAGACAGAUGGGCCAGGUAGAGAAUACACUCCCAAAGUCUCCAUCUGACAGUCCAAGCAUCCUUGUCUGCUCACCCUCUCCACCCUUGUCCUCUCUUAAGGACUACAAUGAGGAAAAUCACUCACUGAAGGCCAACAUUUUCUGCCGGCCCACAUCCGGUCAGUAUUCAGUUCUCUCAGAGAAACAACCCCUACGUGGACAUAAUUCUGCUGCCUCAUCUUCUUCCCAAUUGUCCUUACCGCCAACUUUGCCACUGGGCCCACUUCGCAGCCUAUCCAGGGAAGAACCCAAUACACUGGCCCCAAAUGGCCGCUCAGUCAGUGUAGAGCAAAUGUUUGACCAACAGAGGGAGCUUCCUCAGACAGCUGGGCAUCGGUGUCGUUCCCGUAGCUUCCAGUACUGCUGUCUGCAUGAUGAAGGGCCUGGGGUCAUUGGGAUUGCAGGGUGGGUAAAGAAACAAGCCCUUACAGAUCAACUAGCAGAAACCCUCACAGCAGAGUCCAAUAAAGAUGCAAAUACCCAACAGGACCACGUGGUUCCGACUAUUUCCCCAGCCAUGCAACGGGCCAUAGAGGGAGUUCAGUACAUUGCUGAUCAUCUCAGGGCAGAGGAUGAAGAUUUUUCAGUAAAGGAAGACUGGAAAUAUGUGGCCAUGGUCAUUGACAGGAUAUUCCUCUGGAUGUUUGUACUGGUGUGUAUACUGGGAUCCGUGGGACUCUUUCUUCCUCCUUGGCUGGCUGGAAUGAUCUAGAAACUCACCACUGAAGAGAAGGGAGUGACAGGACGACAUGCUGUCUUAUACUGUAAAAAAAAAAAAAGGGUUUAUCAUUUAUCUUUUUAUUUUCUAUUUUUCAAAGGAACUACAAGUCACAUUCCUUGCUCUUGCCCCGGGUUAUCAAAAGGUUACCCACGUAAAAACAAGAUUAAAUAUCUAUCAUUGAUUCCAGGGGAAUAUAAAUUCUUUAUGAGGGCAAAAGGCCAACAGCAAAAAUA